UGUAUUUGAUCGCUGUGUUCUUAUCAUUCAAUAUGUAUUGUCUGUCGUUGUUUCUUGAUUCAACAUGUUGGUGUAACAAGCCGAUGUAUUAACAUAAGAAAUGCAAAAAAAACAAAAUGGUUAAAAUAUACUUAAAAAAUAAUAUAGAAGUUCUUUUUAAGCAUCAACCGAUAAUGGGUUAGGUUGUUUUUCUAAAGUUAAUAGAUUAGGUUUCUAUGAGAUUUUCUUAUAAUUAAAAACUAAACAAGAGUUACAAAAUAAAAUUUAUUUAUUUUUUUCAAAGAUUUUGCAACCUAAACCACAAUCAAUUCCAAAUCGUUUCAAAUCCCAAUUGUUUCACAAAUUUAAAAAUAUUUUGACAAAUUCAAAUCCUCACAAAAAAAGCCAUCAAGCAAUCCAAUCGUCCUUAAAGUUCUGGUUUUAGUUGCAGGCCAAAGCCAAGCGACCCCACCGAGUCCAUGUCCAUGAGAAGCUCCGGAUCAUGAUGCCACGAUCCACCUGAGACGGCCGUUGACAUUGAACGAACGGAUUCUGAUUCUGAGGUUAAAAUGCGACAAUUUCUCUCGGCAGGCCGGAAUUUUAGCUUCUUUCAAUUUUGUCAUCUUUCCAUAUUCUAAUCGUCAUUAUUAUAUAGUGGAUGGAUUAGUCCCACAUCACCUUCGGAUUCUCUCUCCUCCUGUUUGCUUUAUCUCAUACACACGACCAAUAAGGAUUUUAGGGUUUUCUAUGGCUUGAUGAUGAGUUUUGUGGCAGAUAGGAGGCUUACAGGGGCAGUUAUAUGGAUGUAGAUUAUAGUAAACAGGCUGUUGGUGGGAUUGCUGCCCCAAAAAAGAGAUCAGUCACUGCUUUGAAAGAUGCUGCUGGCUCUCAAAAUGGAAGUCCUCAAUUCUGCAACCGAAUUGGUUGCUGUGGCAGACUUAACCACACUAAAGUUGCUAAAAACAAAUGCCUAGAGAAGCCAAAAGCUUCAACUUCAAAGCCUUCCAUCCGUUCAUCUUCUCUCAAGGAAGUUACAGGAAGUUCAUCAAAGACUUGUUCUUCAGUCACCAAUGUGAAAAAAUCUCAACCAGAAUCCGAGAAAAAGAAGAUAGAAAGGAUCCCUAAAGACUCAAGUAGUCUUCCAAAAGAGUCUGGAAUUCAAGAACGUAAGUUGAAAUCUAGAAACACUGAAGUUGCAUCAUCAAGCUCAAGGAUUAAGAAGGUUUACACUCAAAGUGGUUCCUCUGUGAUGGAAAAUAGUCAAAACGAGUCAAACAAUGGCAGGAGGAGAAGAUUCUUUCAAGGAGAAAGCAGUUCAUCUGGUAAAGGGAAGAGAGUCAUUGGGGUAUCAGCAAACGAAGGACGCCCUGUUGUCUCUACUUCUGGAAUUUCCAUUUCUGACCCUAAAAACUCAAGAAACUGGACUGCUUGCAGAGCAAACAGUGUUUCAUCCGUGAGGACAAAGAGGUCAUUGAAGAUGGACCCUUCAAAAGACUCCAUUGACUUAUCAUCAGUCAACUCUGCUGAUGUGGUUUCUGAUUCAUCACAUGCUGAAACUCUUUCAUCUUCAGAAGAAACUUCUGUUACUUCUUCAGAUCAUCCUGUUGUCCGAUUUGUGAAUCAAAAUGGAACACGAAGCUAUAACAUUGAUGGGAUUGCAGAUGUACUACUGGCACUUGAUAGGAUUGAACAAAACGAGGAGUUAACAUACGAGCAAUUACUCUCACUUGAAGCGAAUUUAUUCCUUGGUGGGCUUAACUUGUAUGAUCAACAUAGGGACAUGAGACUGGAUAUUGAUAACAUGUCAUACGAGGAACUACUAGCACUUGAAGAGAAAAUGGGUACAGUGAGCACAGCAUUAUCUGAAGAGGAAUUAUCAAAAUGCAUUAGAAAAAGUGUGUACGAGUCUGAUGAAAAAAUGAGGCAUAGUUUGGGUGCAGAGGACAACAAAUGCAGUAUUUGUCAGGAGGAGUUUGUGAGAGGAGAUGAAAUAGGAAGACUGGGAUGCAAACAUGGUUACCAUAAUUCAUGUAUAAACCAGUGGCUGGCAUUAAAGAAUUGGUGUCCAAUUUGCAAAUCUUCACCAAAACCUUCUUCAUCUUCUUCUCUUUUAUAAAGAAUCCGAUAUGAUAAUGGUACAAAUCACAUGUCAUUUUAGUCUUUCAUUUUCUUUUCAUAUGUACAUACAUUAAAACAUAGAUUUCUUUUUGGAAAAAAAAAAACAUUAAACCCAGGCUUCUUAUAUAUAUAUAUAUAUAUAUAAUAGCCUUGUGGACCCAUUUCAGUGGAAUUUACUUUCUCUUUAUUGGUUUGGAUUGUUUUUCAUGUUGGGUUUGCAGGGAUUAGCAAUGUACUCUAGUUUAUACCUAUAAUAGCAACACUCUUAUAUUAGCAUUGUGGUUUAUUUGUUACAUAUUGUUAUUAUCAGUAAAAAAAAAAAAUGAAAGUGUGUUGCUAUUAUUUGCAAAGAAAUGGAAGUUGUUGGUGUUAUAGGUAAAAGUUAAUGUAUGUUGUUUAUACUGGUAAAAAGAGUAGAGUAUUUUAUACCUAUAUUCAACUUACUUACAUUUCACUACAAAUAUAAGCAUUAUGCUAUUCUUUGUAAAUAAAUGAAAUUAUGAAAAUACAUUGCUAUUAUAAUUAAGGAAAUGCAAGUGUGUUGUGGUAAUGGGUUACAUAUUGUUGCUAUGUGUAAAUAAAAUAUAUACUGUUAUUAUG